GAGAGAGGAGGGAUGAAGAGGCUGCCGGCGUUUGUAUCCGUGACGGGGGUCUGAGCAGCUCCGUGCUUGGGACGGCCUCUUUCCCACCACAGGCGCUGUUCGCUCGGGGGAAGGGCUGUGUGUGAACGUGGAGAUGAGCUAAGCCCUGUCCCCUGGAGCGGCCUGAGCAGACGCGGCUCCCUUCCUCCCUUUCUCCUUCCCUCCUCCUGCCCCGUCCCUGCCGCCGCCGCCAUGGCUCACUCCCCCGUGCAGACGGGCCUGCCGGGGAUGCAGACUCUGAAGGCAGAUCCAGAAGAAUUGUUUACAAAACUGGAGAGAAUUGGUAAGGGUUCUUUUGGUGAAGUUUUUAAAGGAAUUGACAAUCGGACUCAGAAAGUGGUUGCUAUAAAAAUUAUUGACCUGGAAGAGGCAGAAGAUGAAAUAGAAGACAUCCAACAAGAAAUCACAGUGCUGAGUCAGUGUGACAGUCCAUAUGUAACUAAAUAUUAUGGAUCCUAUUUAAAGGAUACAAAAUUAUGGAUAAUAAUGGAAUAUCUGGGUGGAGGCUCUGCCCUUGAUCUAUUAGAACCUGGCUCGCUUGAUGAAAUCCAGAUUGCUACAAUAUUGAGGGAAAUACUCAAAGGACUUGAUUACUUGCAUUCAGAAAAGAAAAUCCACAGAGAUAUUAAAGCUGCUAAUGUACUGCUGUCUGAGCAAGGAGAAGUAAAGCUAGCAGAUUUUGGAGUAGCUGGCCAGCUAACAGAUACACAGAUAAAGAGGAACACCUUUGUGGGAACACCAUUUUGGAUGGCACCUGAAGUAAUAAAGCAAUCAGCAUAUGAUUCAAAGGCAGAUAUCUGGUCAUUAGGCAUUACAGCCAUAGAACUUGCAAAAGGAGAGCCACCUCAUUCGGAAUUGCAUCCAAUGAAGGUUUUGUUCCUCAUCCCUAAGAACAAUCCCCCAACGCUGGAAGGGAACUUCAGUAAAUCCCUCAAGGAAUUUGUUGAGGCCUGCUUAAACAAGGACCCAAGCUUUAGACCCACUGCAAAAGAGCUCUUAAAACACAAAUUCAUUUUACGCAACUCAAAGAAAACUUCCUAUCUGACGGACCUUAUCGAUAGGCACAAGAGGUGGAAAGCUGAACAAUGUCACGAUGACUCCAGUUCUGAUGACUCGGAUACUGAACAGGAUGGCCAGGCUUCAGGUGGGAGUGAUGCAGGAGAGUGGAUCUUUACAAUAAGAGAAAAGGACCCCAAGAAUCUAGAGAAUGGAGCAGCCCAGCCUCUGGAGUUGCAAAGAAAUAAGGAAAAGGAUAUCCCAAAGAGGCCUCUGUCCCAGUGUCUGUCUACAGUUAUAUCACCUUUAUUUGCAGAGUUGAAAGAGAAGAGUGAAGUGUGUGGUGGUAACACGGAUUCCAUAGAAGAACUGAGAAAGGCUAUUUAUUUAGCUGAAGAGGCUUGUCCAGGCAUUGCAGAUAAUUUGGUGUCGCACCUUGUGCAGAGGCUUCAGAGAUACUCACUGGCUGGAGGAAGUACUUCAUCCUACUGAUCUCCUGUUCCUGAUUUUUCUAAGACAACUGAAAUUCCACAGUAUCUGCAGUGAAGGCGUACACCCUAAUGUUGUUCUGCUCCUUUGUCAUUGGAAGGCCCUUUGGUGGAAGGACAUUCCUAAACAUACAAGAGUGAAAAGGAAGUCUCUCGGAUGGAGGCAGCCCUUUUCAGCAACUUAAAGCUAUAAUUUUUUAAAAAAUGAUAAUACACAUAUUCCAGGGAGGUGAUUUUUUGUAAAAUCUGAAAUGUAUAUUUAGGUUUGUGAUAGAGAAAUUGAAGAUGUUGAGAAACCUCAGGUAUCUUGCUUUAAGAAUUCCACUGGGAGAUGGCAUAUGUUGGAAUUGUGUACAGAUAUGUAUAUAAUGUCUUUUUUAACUGAAAGCCUUUCAACGUGGAUAAGGAAUCACUGUGUACAAAAUGGUAAAGUGCUUUUGUAGAUAAUGUUAGUGGGGUAAAUAUUUGACAGGCCAUAACUGAGUAUUGCCUUGCCUUUAUUACAUGUAAAUUUUGAACUCCGUGAUAAGUGACUCUUGGUUUGAUUUUCGUAUGUGAAGGAUUUGCCAUUGAAAGAGUUAAUCCUGUACCAUGGAACCUUCUACUAGUACCUCAGCGAAGACACAACUUUAUUUCUCCAGUAUUUCUUCCUUCUUAAUCUAUAUUCUGAGUGUGACUUUCUAAUUAUGGUACUAUUUCUGGUUGUUUUAAUUCACCUUGUCUCUCAAAACUUCAAGUUUAAAUUAUUCUUUUUCCUACAGAAUAAGCUCUUUUAGUUUGUCAGUUCUAAAUUGUGCCAAUGCAAAUUCUGAACACUGUGCAUUGUUCAAUUUUAUAAUAGGUGUUUGCGAAGCUUGUGGUGAAAUUCAGAUACAAUCUUUUUUUCACCUGACCAUGUUUGAAUGCUCACACAAAUAAAUUAUUACCUUAAUUUCUUCUGAAAUAUUUCCAUAAGAUGUUGGCUCUGAGCUCUCAGACAGUGGCAUGAAUUUCAUCCUCAGGCCUGUUUUUAUCAUUAAAAUGAAUGUCUUGCAGAGUAAAAUUAUCCACAGACUCAAUAUUCGGUCUUGCUGCCUAAAUCUGUGUGUCUCUUUACUGAAAGUAAUGGCUAUUGGACAGAAAGGCUGCAGAGCUGAGCCUGACUGAGUGGUGUACACCAUGUCCUAUUACUUGUCUCCCCAGAAAAAGAAGUCCAAAUGUUGAGAUUUUCGCUGUUCUCAGUGCUCCUAGUAGCUGACUCAACAUUUUAUGACUGGAAGCAGUGACAUUAGUGACACACACCGCUGAUUGGGCAGCAUUUUGGUUUUUCACACUAUUACUCUAGAUUCAUCUUGUUCUUUUUUUCACCAAGGCUAUAUUCAGGUGCUGCUUAUUCUUGUAGCUGGGAGAGCUCUUUUGCCUUGUUUUA